AGCUUCCUGUCACGUGACUCUUGCUAUUUCACUGUUUUGUCUGACGUUCAGUAACAUUUGUAACAAUUUUGAAAAAGAAAAAGAAAUCGUUUUAAAAUGAUGCCUUCUAUUGUUGCGAAAAGACUGGUUACAGGGCUGUGCCAGGCAGCAUGGAGACCAGCAGUCACAGGGCUGGUAUUGUCCCGUGGUUACCAUGAUGACACCAGGGGUGACCUAAUUGAAAUUCCUUUGCCCCCUUGGGAGGAGAAGCCAGACGAGCCCAUUAACAUCAAGAGGCGCCGACUUCUCUAUGAGAGCCGCAAGAGGGGCAUGUUGGAAAACUGCAUAAUACUCAGCCUUUUUGCAAAGAGAUACCUGAACACAAUGACUGAGGACCAGCUGCAGCAGUAUGACAGACUGAUUAAUGAGCCAAGCAAUGAUUGGGAUAUCUACUACUGGGCAACAGAAGCUCAGCCCACGCCUGAUGUUUACCAAGGAGAGGUCAUGGAUAUGCUGAAAGAGUUCACAAAGAACCGCAACCAUGAACAGAGGCUGGAUGCGCCCAGCUUGGAGUACCUGGAAAAGGAAGGCCAAUAAGGUCCUUCACUGAGACUCAUUUAAAGUGGAGCACUGAGUGAAUCUCAGUGUUUGUCAGCUGUGUUUCUUUCAUUAAACUCAAAAUAUUGUGGAGGGCAAAGUAUUUGAAACACUUUACUAACAAUUUAGUAAGUACUUUCCAGCUGUUGGUCAUUAUACGAAGAAGACAAUUUGUGCAAAAUUAGAGAAAGUUUGUGGAUCACACAGAGACUUACUGUAAAUUUAUAAGGCUGUAGAUUAAAACUGCUCAUUGUGUGAGAUGCAUACUAAAUAAGCCAGCUGUAUUAAAUGGAUACAGACUGUACAACGAUUUUACUGUACCUAUCACAGACAUUAGGGGUUAUUUCAUAAAUGUUUAUCCUGUGCUUUCUUUCUUGACUGCUAUCUUUUAUCACAGGAUAUGAUCACACAAGUGGAGGGUGUCAUGACUGACAGUACAAACAGUAUUUGUUACAUAAUGAAGGUUGUUUUGCCUGCAGUGUCUGUUUAAAGACACCAGAUGGAAGCAGAGCACUUUAUUUUCAGUGACUGUAUCUGAACUACCUGCUCAUCUUGCUACCUCUGUGGCAAAUUUGUCUCUCAUAAUUCACGCACAUACCUUUUCAUUCAGGAUACAGUGUGAAAAUAUCAGUUCACAGCUGCCAUAUGUAUUUGAAGACCAUCUGUUGAGACCCUUUAUGCAGCGAUGAUGAAAACUGAGCCACAAGCUGCCUGAAAUCACAAAUCACCUCACUGUUACUACAUUACUGCAUUUAAGCAUGAAUGGGAUAUUAGCUAUUGAAGAGACAAUGUGUGUUUUACAGCUUUCUCAAGACAAAGCAUCAGUAAAAUUUUCGAUUGAGCUCAGUUUACAAUUAAACUAAACAUUUUUGCUCACAGCUACUGUAUUUAAACAGGCUCCACCAUGGGAUCUGUGUGUGUGCGUGUUGACUAUGGGAAAAUGUAUUGCCUGGCUGUGUCAUGUCAUUUCAGUGGAAUCUUGUACUGAGAGCAAAGGGGAAAAGCCCUAUGGCCAGGAGAUGUGUACAGAAUCUCAAACCAGAUGACAGGCCUGUUUGUGUACACCCAUAGAAUUAUAAUCAGAAUCAGAAUGUGCUUUAUUGGCCAGGUGUGUCAGACACACGGGGAAUUUGACUCUGGUAC